UAAAAACAUUUUUAAAAACCAGCGUCCCACAGCCGCCACCCCUCCACCACUUGCCGCCUACCCAACCGCCACUUACCGGCCAAUCGACGGCGAGGCCCAAGACGCACACGACGUGCAGCAACUCGGCCCUGGAGUCGACUCCUCCGGAUAUUGAAAUAGUGGUCUCACAGUCUUUGUUGCCACCGACCGCCUCACGCUGCUCAACUAAGCACGUUUAAAAAAAUUCCGGUUCUUAGAACGAAAGUGUCACUUUUGGAAGCUCAUUUGCCUUUGAUUUUAUUCUAUGUGGCGUUUAGCAUUUGCCCCAACUCUCAUAAGAAAUCUCCCAUCUAAAAGAACCCCAAUAAACUCCUUCUCCACUGUUUUGUUUUGUGAAAACACUUUGAAAAAAUGCGAAUGCUGGAUUUUGGGGAGCCAUUUUUCUGGGUGGGCUUCGAGUCCUAGCUUGUCUAUAUGGAGAAGAAAGAAGGAAAUGAGCAAAGAGGGUUUGAUGGUGGCUAAGGAGCUGAAGCGUCUCCAAUCUCACCCUCUACGCUUCGAACGCUUCAUCAAGUCCCAUGUGUCUCGGUUGCUCAAGUCAGAUCUCGUUUCUGUUCUCGCUGAGUUUCAGAGGCAGGACCAGGUCUUUCUCUGCAUGAAGCUAUAUGAUUUGGUGCGCAGAGAAAUAUGGUAUCGCCCAGACAUGUUCUUUUAUAGGGACAUGCUUAUGAUGCUUGCAAGAAACAAAAAGGUGAAUGAAGCAAAGUGGGUUUGGGAAGAUCUCAAGAGAGAGGAAGUUUUGUUUGACCAGCAUACGUUUGGUGACAUCGUCAGGGCCUUCUUAGAUAGUGGACUGCCCUCGGAAGCAAUGGAUAUAUAUGAUGAAAUGAGAAGAUCUCCUGAUCCCCCAAUAUCUUUGCCAUUCCGCGUGAUCUUGAAAGGGCUAAUUCCAUAUCCAGAAUUUAGAGAAAAGGUGAAAGAUGACUUCUUGGAGCUCUUCCCUGACAUGAUUGUGUAUGAUCCACCUGAAGACUUGUUUGAAGAUCAAGAAUAGAGAAGGGAAAGUGAACACAAUUAGAAGGCGUUGAUGAUGCAUCUUUACUCGGACUGCCAGAGGCAUUCAUUCUUCAGUAAAGUUUGCCAUCACAAAGGGCUGAAUGAUUUCUUACGUCUUUGCCAGUUGGGAUCAGUUGGCUUUCUCCGGUAGAUAAACAUUAUCCAGGUUGCCAAGUCUCAAUCCUUGAACCAUAUCGGGCAUUGAGGAAUAUCCUCACUAACAGCUCCUAAAAGCAUAUGGGCUAGUGCCAUGUAAUGAAUUUUUGACAGACUCAUUAGAUAGCAUAUAGCUGAUUCUAAGGCAUAAUAUUACUUUCAAUAGAUUUGGCUUAAUUGUCGAACAAUUAAUUUAUGUAUCAUUAGGAUGAAGGUGGAAUAUGAAAAUAUCCUGUGUCAAUUUUAUUUGAUCAA